AGCAGGUCAAGCACAUGGGCAGCGAGGAAGUUUAAAUAUUCUGAACAUGACACCUAGAAUUCACUGUAAACAUUCACUGUAUGUUUAGGCAUUUAACAUAAUAAUAAGACGCCGUUAAUUCAUAAUAACAAUUAUUAGACAUUAGCAUCCUGCUGCAUUAAAUGAAUCUCAUCACCUCCUCAAGUCUGCUGCUUUUGCGAUCACUCUCUCGAAAUGUAAGGUUACGUCGGGCGAAUAUACAAACAUUAAUCUCUCGUCUUUACUCUGAGGGACCCACAGAGCUGCAACUGCAGAAAUUCAGAAGCCAAGAGCAGCGUUUUAAAAGAAAAUUGCAUUCAGUUCACAGGAAGUUUGCAGACGUGCCAGAAAACUCAGAGUUUCAGGGGCAGCAUCAUGUAUACCUUGAUGAUGGUAAAAGGAUCUACAGAUCGACACUGGGACAUGGCGAGCAGGAGAUGGUGGAGGUGUUUAAUGCAGACUGGGGAGAAGGUGGAUAUGGAUCCAUCCAGAGGGUCAGACUCUCUCCCGCAGAGACCAUGUUGGCCGCCACUGUCAAGAAAGACCAGCAUGAGAAGACCAGAUGCAUGUUAAUUCAUUUAAAUGGAGUCAGUCAUAAUCAAAGGGUCAUGAUGGCUUUAGACAAUGUGCUCAGCUUUGAAUGGGCCACCGACGAUGUCCUGUUCUACAGCACACAGGAGAGUCUUCGUUCCCUGCAUGUUUUCCGUCUUCAUCUCAGUGAUUCUGCUGUCCAAACCGCACUUGUUUAUGAGGAAAAAGAUCCAGAAUUCUUUGUGGAGGUCAGUCGUUCUAGAGACCAGAAGCUGGUGACCAUAAACUGCAGUAGUAAAACCAGUUCUGAAGUCUGGUUUGUUCACAGCAAGUCUCCAUUUUCGUUCCCCUCACUCAUCCAGUCCCGUCAUCCUGGUCUGCUUUACCAUGUGGAGCACUCGGACAACAGCCUCUUCAUUCUCGCCAACACUGGACCAGACCAGGAGUAUCAGCUGCUCAGGGCAUCUUUAGCCUCCCCAUCUAUGCCACACUGGGUGCCUGUGUUCAGUGCUGUUCCAGGAACAGUCAUCAAAGAUUUGGAGCUGCUUCAGGAUCACUGUAUGUUCACGGUGAAGGAUUCACAGUGUCGACUUCAGAUCCAGACUCUUACCACACAAGAGCCCUAUCAGUUAAACACUCUACAGCUUCCUCAAUGGGCCUGUGAUUUAUCACCGCAGCGUGUUGGGACAGCAGACAGAGGGUCAUUUAGUUUCCUCCUUUCCUCCCCUGUUCAUCCACCCGUACGCUAUCUUUAUUCCUUCAGAGGACAGAAACUCUCAAUAAUAGAGGACAGCAUCAGGCACAUCUCAAUCCCUGAGUUUAACACAACACGCCUGCAGGCCACCAGUCACGAUGGUACAAUGGUGCCUUUGACUCUGUUCCACAUGUCUGCAUUAUCUGAGCUGCGUAAGGCUCCUCUACUGCUGCAUGUGUAUGGAGCUUAUGGGGUUGACCUCAAUAUGGCCUUCAGUCCUGAGAAGAGAAUGAUGCUGGACGAUGGCUGGACUCUGGCUUACUGCCAUGUCAGGGGUGGAGGUGAGCGUGGUCUCGCCUGGCAUCGAGCAGGUUCUUUCCUGCAGAAGCAGAGAGGAGUGGAAGAUCUUGCUGCUUGCAUUCAGACUCUUCAUCAUUUAGGAGUGUCUGUUCCUGAUCUGACCACCCUCACCGCUCGCAGUGCUGGAGCCAUCCUAGCGGGGGCGCUGUGCAACCAGAACCCACAGCUUAUCAGAGCUCUAGUUCUACAGGCACCUUUUCUGGAUGUACUCGGCACAAUGCAAGACAUUUCCCUGCCGCUAACGUUAGAGGAGAGAGGGGAGUGGGGAGACCCCCUUAUAGGGGAACACAGAGAUAACAUAGCUUCUUACUGUCCCUGCCACAACAUUCAACCUCAGCUUUACCCAUCCAUGCUGAUCACCGCAUACUCAGAGGACCACAGAGUUCCUGUAUCUGGAGUCAUAAAGUACGUGGAAAGACUAAAGAAGGCAAUCCAAAUGUGUGCCACUCAGGUUGAUGUUAACGCACGUGUCCCAUCGGUCGUUCUGGACAUCCAGCCUGGAGCUGAUCACUUCGGCCCUGAGGAUUUUCAUCUGUCCUUGAAUGAGAGUGCCCGACAGUUAGCCUUCCUUUAUAAAGAACUUGGACUGUCACUGAACCAGCUAAAAACUCGACGGAGAAGAAAAUAAAAGUCUAAUAAGCUGACUAGCGAGUCCCAAACAUUGCUAGACUAAAUUGGG